AUGUGGGAGGGUGGGUGGGAGCCAAAUGCUACCAAUUGGGGGCUAAAUGCCACCAAUGUAACUUACAGGUCGUUGGAUGAGAGGGUACAGGUCGCUGCGAUCACAUGUGCCUUCAGCAAUGCCAAGACGAGGAGUCAACGUGCAGCAGAGGUGGACGCCGAGUACGACACGUUGCAGUGGUCAAGGCCCGUGGUAGCAGGGGAAUGGGCAGCGAUGCGAUCGGCAAUGGAGAAGAGGUACGGUCAUCUGGAGGACAAGAUUUACCCUUCGAAAGAAUUCGUCGAAAAGAAGUUGGCAGAGAUCGAAGGGGGUGAAUACCGUGCCGAAGACCUGACUGAAGUCGUAUCGAAAGAGGAAAUCGAGCCGGAUGGCGUGGUGCCCAUUUGGGACUCCAAGGGCCGCCUGGCCAUGCGCAAAGCCUCGACAAAAGUGCCCGAGCCAGCGAACGCUGAAGAACUUCGGCGGCGGCUGAGCAUUUGGAAGAAUGCCAUGGUUAUGAUUUCCCUGAAGCAUUCCAAUCGGCAUGAGCUUCAAGGGGCUUGGGAGGAGACGGUUGAGCAGUACAAGGACUACUUGUUGGGGGACUAUGUGUACGGUCUCAGUGCAAAAGACGCUGAGGGUCAGACCUUUGCUGCACCACCCUGGAAGUUAGUCAUUGCCUAUGAGAAGGCCAUUCGCAAGCAGGCGGUGAAGCUCACGAAUACAGAGGGCAAGCCAUUGACAGUGGCGCUCAAGAUGGCCUGGAAGGAUGCAACAGUGAAAGAGAGGAACUUCACGACGCCACUUGCCCUGUACGCCAAGCGGCCGCUGCCUCCAUGGCGUGAGCAGCCGGCACAGAAGCUUGCACCACGAAAGAAUGUCCGAGUGGAGAUCACGGAGCUGGAUAUUCAAGCUGAUCGACGGUGGAAGGGGCUUGAGGCGCCAUUCCAUGAUGGAGGAGGACUGGCUUCGCCUGGAAGGUGGGUGCCGCAAGAGAGAAAGAACCUGGAGGGCAAGGAAUGGGUGGCUGUGAGGCACCAGUUUCGUCUUGCUGCCGUUAGGCGCCUGGGCAGUAUGGCGGAAGUGGAGAAGGAGGCCUUCAGGAUGGCGAGAGGCGGUGACGCCUUUCAACUGGUCAGAGAUGAUAGCUUUUUGAAGGAGAUCAGGUCAAUUUUGUCGGAGAGGCUGGGCAUUGCGGCACAAGAUACCCCAGAGGCUGGGCAACCUUUCUUUCUGGACCUCAUGAAGGGCAUCCUUGAGAAGGCGGGGGAUCCGGACAGUGGUUUCUUGGAGCAAGCCAAGACUGGGCUCCCGCUUGGGGUGCUGAGUGACCUCCCAAGGACGCCAUCGAUCUUUGAGGAGCAGGUGAAGUGGAACUUGGAGGGCGAAGUGGGCAGCGAUGCAGUCUUGCAGAAGGAGAACUACUCGUCGGCAGCUGAGCACGAGAGGUACCUAGUGGAACACCUGGAACAGGAGGUGUCGGAGGGCCUCAUGAUCAAGAUGAAAGAGAGUGAGUUCAUUGAGGCCUUUGGCGAGAACAGGGCAGUGGCAGCCCUUGCAGUGUUGGUUGAAGACGAGCUCACGGGCAAGAAGAGAGUCAUCCAUGAUGGAACGCACGGAGUCAUGGUCAAUCAUCGGAUCAAAUGCAGGGACAAAGUUCGGAUGCCGGGGCCUCGUGAGAAGAGGGCCCUCCUUGAAGAGUAUGAGGCAGGCAGGCAGGUGAUCCUGUCUCUGGUGGGGGAUUUUGCAAAAGCCCACCGGAGGUUCAAGUACGCUGGUGAAGAGCAGGGCUUUUUGGCGUGCAAGGCCUCGUCGACUUCAGAGACGGUCUACAUCAAUCAGGUUGGCACGUUUGGUGUGGCAUCAACGCCUUAUUGGUGGGCUAGGCUCAGCGCAGCAUUGAUGAGGACAGUAUACUGGGUGUUGGGGGAUAGUUUCCCUGACGACAUGUUGCUGUACGCGGAUGACCUGGAGGUAUUGGCGGUUGGCCGUGAAGGGCGAGUUGGCGCUGUUCUGGCAUUCUCCCUCAUGGCUGCGUUGGGGGCGCCUUUCAAAUGGGCAAAGCAGAGAGGUGGGCUCACGUCAGAAUGGAUUGGGCUCACGACGGACUAUCGGACCUUCUCGAUGGGGCUCUCAGAGAGAAGGGCAGGGUGGCUCAUUGAUUGGAUAGGUUCCCUGAGGCUUCGCAAGGAGGUGGAGUACAGAGAAUUUUCAGCUGGGCUAGGGAGACUUGGCUUUGCUGCCUUGGCCCUCCCAUGGGAAAGGCCGCUUCUUGGGCCGCUCUAUGCCUGGUCAUCAGCAAUCCAGUCGAAUCGAG